CAGCUCGUCUCCGUAGUACUCCAUUCCCUUCAUUCUAAUCACAUUCUGAUAGAAACUCCUAGGAGUGCCUGCUGUGCAGAUCAAGAAGAACCUAAACCGGAAACUGCUGCAAUAUAACGCUUAUUUAUCGACGAUUAGCGUUAAUUCUGAGCCCUAAGGCCCUGCUAGAAGUGUCUAUUGUCACGGUAGACAUUAAAGGAGCAUCAUCCUUCCCUGAUACAUCAUGGCUGCUGAGCAGCAAGACAAACUACUUUCAUUCAACGCCGAGUCGGCGCCGUGCACGGUGUGCGGUGCCGCAGGCCGUCCGUGCGGGCGGUGCCGCCUGGACUAUUACUGCGGGAAGAAGCACCAGGUGCAGGACUGGGCGCGCCACAAGGUGGGGUGCGGGGCGCUGGAGGUGCGUCAGGACGACGCGCUGGGCCGCCACCUCGUGUUCGCCAAGGACGUCCCCGCCGGCACCGUGGUGCUGCGGGAGCUGCCCCUGCUGGUCGUGCCGCCCCCCUGGAACCCCAGAAUGGUGUUCUGCGUGGGCUGCCUGUCGGACCGCCUGCCGCUGUGGCACCCGCAGUGCCCCCUGUGCGGCUGGCCCGUCUGCAGUCCCAGCUGCAGCCGCCUGCCGCGCCACCAGGCUGAGUGCGCCGCCUUCCAACGCGCCGGCUUCAUGUCCGAUGUUGUGCUGACGUGGCCGGACAAGGAGAAGGUGUGGACUGCUCUCUCUGCCCUGCGGACCCACCUCGCAUCGGAGAAGCAGCCCCUGCUGCUGGAGAUGCAGUCCUCGCACAGCGCCGUGCUGCCGUCUGAAGGCGCGCUCCCCACGGUGCUGGGUUUGGUGGACGCGGUGGGCUGGCGAUGCACGUUCGGCGCCGACGUGCGUCAAGAGCGGCGCUGGUCGGCCGCCGCCCGCUGGCUGCGCGAGGAGGCAGGCCUGCACUGGAUCGCCGAGGAGGACCUGGUGCGCGCCGCGGGCAUGAACGACAUCAACGGCGUGCAGCUCAACCCCAUGAACGCCGUGGAGUCGCUGGUCAAGGGCAAGAUGGGCACCUUCCUCUUCCACGCGCUGUCGCGGGUGCAGCACUGCUGCAACCCCACGGGCCUGCUGCUGUGCCGCGACUCCAAGGCCGCGGACCUCGAACAGCUCCUGGUGACGACGCGAGACGUGAAGGCUGGGGAGCACCUGUCCAUAGACUACUUGGACAUGGCCUUCCAGGAUGCAGUGACGCGGCGCCGUCUGCUGCGGAGAGGCUGGAGCUUCGAGUGUCGAUGCGAGCGCUGCGAGGAUCCCACCGCGUGUGGCGUCUACAUAGGCUCCCCUUGCUGUCCGCAAUGCUCUGAGCGCGGGGAGCAGCAGCUGAUGGUGCCCGAGCUGGCCGGCUGGGACGGCCAGGGCGGCGGCCUGCCCGGCUACCGCUGCCAGGGCUGCGGCCAGACCGCCGAGGUGCCCGACGUGAUCGCGGUGGAGGCCGAGCUCAUCGAGAUGAAGACGGCCAUGAGAGGCUUCGGGACCAUCUGUCCCCACCUCGACGAGUUGACCUUCCCUCGCGGCCCGCUGCACAAGGACCACCGCCUCAGGCUGCUCUCCGAGCUGUCCGCCACCCUGGUGGCCGUCGUGCAGAUGAUAGGGAGCGGCAUGGGAGAAGCCGACGUCAAGCGGAACGUGGCGCGCGCCGAAAGGAUGCUGCACGUGCUGGGCAAGCUGAAGCCAGGCCUCAGCCACCACCGCUGGGCGCUGCUCUUGGUCAAGUUCGACCUCCUCUUCAACAGCCUGAAGACGGGCGGGCCGAGGGGGCCCAACCGAAUCCGGGUCAUGAAGGAGAGGUGCCAGGAACUUGAGGCCGUUCUUGUGCAGCUGGAACCGCACUAUUUCAGCCCCCCGGAGAAAAAGCACUUGUUCGAAACCUAUCAGAAGCCAGCUACUGUUUUCACCAACGCAUUGAGUUCUGUCUAAGCCGACCGGACUCCCCUCUUGAAUGAAACUUGACGUAAAGUUUUUUUUUUGUUUGAUUUUUGCAUGUGAACAAAUGUUACGCCGCUGAAGAAGAUCGUACACUUUUUGUUUUCCCAGGCUUUUUUUGUCUCAUCGGUAACAAUAAAGCCUUGUAACUUGAUAAAGACCCAGGUA